AUGACAGACGCUAACGGCUACAUCGCAAAACCCUCUGGAGAGUGUUGCCUGAAGGGUUCGCUCCAUGAUGGAGAGCCGAGAGGGCGCUACGAGACCAUCGCUGGCGUCAACACGUAUAUCUCGUCGCCGCCUGCCGACAAGGCGAACGGUAACAUCGUGCUCUACUUUCCCGAUGUGUUUGGCUUCUUCACCAAUGGACUUCUCGUCAUGGAUGGGUUUGCCGAGGCUGGAUAUCUGAGCAUCGGCUUGGACUAUUUCCGUGGGGAUCCCGUGUACCUUCAUCGCAAAGACAAGAACGACACGACGACUGACCCUGGCUUUGAUUACGAGGCGUGGAAGGCAAAGCACACUGCCUUCGCGGAUGAGGCGACACCUGGAUGGGUGAAAGAUGUCAAGGCAAAGUACGGCAAGUCGACCACGAAGUUCGCUUGCGUAGGAUACUGUUUUGGCGCUCCUUAUGUAUGCAAUGAGCUUGCUGGGGAUACCGUCACCGCCGGAGCCUUUGCUCACCCAGCCUUCCUGAAGGACCAUCACUUCCACCAGCUGAAGAAACCACUGUUCCUCUCGUGCUCCGAGAUCGACCAUACCUUCCCGCCCGAGUCGCGAAACAAGGCCGUCGACAUCCUUCAGAAGGCUGGCAAACCCUACCAACUACAGGUCUUCUCUGGAGUAGAGCAUGGCUUCGCGCUGCGCUGUAAUCUGGACAACGCAUACGAGCGUUACGCCAAAGAGCAGGCAAGUGACCUCCAAUCUGGGCGAGAGUAG